AUGCAGUCUACCUUCCGUGGUGGCAUGCUUAUGAUCUGCUCAAUCUCAACCCAGAUUCAACCGCUUUUGACGUUUGGUAAUUACGCGAGCAUAGCAUCAACAUAUGUUGUGGAUAGAAAGAUGGCAGCUUACCUCAAAUUUGACCUUCUCACUGGCCAUAACGAUAUAUACGCAAGUUUUCCCAUUUCCGCAUCGCAUCAGGACUCGGACGAAAUCUGGUGGAGAGGUUAUGAAAGCGAGGGCGUCCAAGCUAUAGUCAAAAAGCAUCUGUCUGAGCUGGAUUCUUGA